AUGGCGCGCAAGCCGUGGGAGCCCGACACUGCCGGCGCCGGCCGCGUCUGGACGAUCCAGAACGGCACGGUGCCGUACGGUGGCGCCAGCGCCUCGGCCGCCUCCAGCGCGCCCGCGUCGCCGGCGCCCGAGCCCGCGGCCAUCGACUACGACGCCUACUCCACCGAGCAGCUGCGCAGCCGCAUCGCCGAGCUCGAGGCGUCGCUCGCCGCCGCACAGCAGCAGCAGGCCGCCUCGUCCUCCUCUGCCACGCGUGACGCUGAGGUGCUGCCGCGGCGCAAGCGCAACGGCCAGCCGUACAAGGAGCCGCGGCCAUUUGACUUUAGCAUCCAGCCGCAGCGCAAGAUUGCCCUGCGCUUCUGCUACGACGGCUCGCACUACGGAGGCCUCGCAGCUCAGCACGGAGCCGUGACGCCGCUGCCGACGGUCGAGGCGCUGCUGUGGCAUGCACUCGUCGAGGCCCGCCUCGUGGACGGCAGCCUGGGCAUGGAAGCGACAGGCUGGACGCGCUGCGGACGCACAGACAAGGGCGUCAGCGCUGCCGGACAGGUCGUCGCCCUUUGGAUCCGCAGCCGGAAGGUCGACGAGCGUGCCGACCGCGCAAAGUACGAGGAGGAGCUGCGGCAGCGCCGCGAGCAGGAGGAGCUGCCGUACAUCGUGGCGCUCAACCGCAUCCUGCCGCUCUCCAUUCGCGUCCUGGCGUGGUCGCCCGUGUCGCCGUCGUUCUCGGCGCGCUUCUCCUGCCGCUACCGCCACUACAAGUACUUCUUCCCGCUCGGCUCGCCGCUGCCUAGCAACGCCGUGGGCCCGACGCCUCGCCUCGAUCUCGUGGCCAUGCGUGACGCCGCCUCGCGCCUGCUUGGCGAUCACGACUUCCGCAACCUGUGCCGCGUCGAUCCCACGAAGCAGCUAACCAACUUCCGGCGGCGCAUCGAUGGCGUCUCGAUUGACGAGGUGCCGCGGACCUGGUCCAGUGGCCAGGUCCCGUCGUCAGCUGCAGUUGCCGUCGCAGACGAUGAGGAGCCGAUGCUGGUGCUCAACCUGCGCGGCACUGCGUUCCUCUAUCACCAGGUGCGGCACAUCAUGUCGAUCCUCAUGCUCGUCGGCGCCGGGCUCGAGAAGCCGCAGAUCGUUGACGAGCUCCUCAACACCUCUGCCGGCGGCGUGGCCCGUGACGCUCGCUGGGCAUGGGAGCACGGCGUGAGCGCCAAGAACGGCCGCAUCGUCCUGCCGGGCUCUACCGCCACCGAGGACGACGGCAUCGUUGCCGACGGCACGCCAACAGGGCCCGUGCUCAAGCGCAACGUGCCGGGACACGAAGAGUUCAACUUCACGCCCGAGGAGCAGGCCCGCGCCGAAGCGGUGCUCGAGCAGCUCACCGUCUUCGCCGCGAAGCCGCAGUACGAGAUGGCGCACGAGGCACCGCUUGUGCUGUGGGACUGCGGCUUCCGGCCCAACGAGCUGGCAUGGCGCGCAGGCACGUACGACGGUCCGCUGCCCGCUCCGGAAGGUGCAGACCUCAGCAGCGCGGCGACGCUGACUGCGGCGCAGCUGCACUCGGAGUGGACACGCCGCGCGACCGCCGCACAGCUGUGGCGGCACUUCGUGUGGGCCAACCCUGCGCCGCUGCACGGCACGCAGAAGCCGAGCAAGACGUUCGCCGAGGACCGCUUCCCGGCGCUGCCGCACUAUACCCCGGAGGAGCGCUCCAAGUUCCAGAUUGUGCCGCUCGGCAACGGCUGGUGCAAGCCCGGCUCGUACUGGCGCGGCCUCGUCAACGCCAAGCGCGAGGAGUCGGCCGAGGAGAAGAACGCCGCCUGGCUCAUCGGGGCGGGCAAGCGGCGGGCCGAGAAGAAGGGCAUCACGCCCAUGCAGCUCGCCAAGGGCCGCAACCACCGCGAAUAG